UUCUAACUGCCUUUCUUUUCCAGUAUACGUGUAUAACAAUGCAGUUAGCGAUAUGACAAUAACGCACGGAUAUUCGUACGCAUCUAUACGAAUGUAUAAACCAUUUUAUUAACGGUCAUUUCACGAAAAAUUCUUUCUCGGAAAGUGCUACAUAACCCAUUAGCCUCCCAUUAGUCUCCGUUAGUAACAAACAAAUGUUUCAAGCCAUAUAAGCGUCAAGAAACGCUCCCAUGUUAUAUAAUAUUCUGUUCUGACAAUGAUGCAGGAUAUUUGCAGUUGGCAUACGUUGGCUGGUAAUACGCUUCUUGCUCAUCCACGCACUUGAUAACGUAUCUGUAGCUUAAUAUAAAAGUUGUUAUUGCGAGAAUAGGUAUCACUUUCCAUCGUUACUACAGCCGAUACUAGUCAGCGAAGCGAAACUCGCGUCUGCAAUUUCUCAAUAGUUAAAUAUCGAUCUGUGUGAUCGCGUAUGUGCCGUAAUUGUUCCCAACUUUGGAAGAAGAUAAGAUUGGCAGGUGGAGGAGGCAGCGGAUCCAGAAACGCUGCGAAAGUGUGAAUAACAUGUUAUAACUGAAAACGAGGAAGAAAGAAAGGACGACAGACUCAAGGAAUCAAUUACGUUGAGAAUAAUAGAACAUUUCUUCUCUUCACCGGUGACUAAUCUGGAAAUUAGUCUCACAAUGAUGACCACAGUCCUACUUGCAGUGCUCUUCACGGUGUGUGUUUAUCUAUACAGCAUCAUGAAGGCCAAAAUGGCACGCUUCGAGGGGCUAAAUAUUCCAUAUGAACGCCCGUGGAUCUUCUUGGGUAAUAUGGUACCUUUUCUUCUCGGACAUGUGUCUUUAGCGGAGAAUGUCCAAAUGCUGUACAAACGUUUUCCAAAAACAAAAUACUUUGGCUUUUACAAUUUCAUGACGCCGACCUUUGUGAUUCGCGACCCAGAACUCAUCACUUCGAUCGCCAUCAGAAACUUCGACAAUUUUUGCGACCACCGUAAUUUCGUGAACGAAGAGCUCGAUCCAAUAGCCAGCAAAAAUCUAUUCGGGUUGCGAGGUGAUCAUUGGCGCGAGAUGCGGAAGCUACUCAGUCCAGCCUUCACGUCCAGUAAAAUGAAGAUGAUGUUUGAAUUAAUGACCGAGUGCGCCGACAAUUUCAGCAAACAUAUGGCCAACACCUCCAAAAUCAGCAGGACGAUAAAUGUGAAAGCAGAAAUGUGCAAGUACGCCAAUGAUGUAGUGGCCACAUGCGCCUUCGGCAUCAGCUUGGAUUCGUUCAAACAUCCAGACAACGAGUUUUACCUUCUGGGCAGAGAGGCCAUAAACUUCGAAAGCGGUUUAUCUUUUAAACUUUUCCUGAAUAUUAACUUCCCAGAAGUCGCGAAAUUUUUCAAAGUACGAGUAUUCAGUGGGAAAAUCGUGAACUUCUUUAAAGAAGUUGUCAGUAGUUCGGUGAGGAUCAGAGAUGAGAAGGGUAUUACACGUCCGGACAUGAUUCAAUUGAUGAUGGAAACCAGGGACAAAAGUACAGGUCCAGCGUUCGAUAUUGACGAGAUGACCGCCCAAGCGUUCGUUUUCUUCAUCGGUGGAUUUGAUUCCGUGUCAUCGGUAAUGUGCUUUUUAGCACACGAGGUCGCGGUGAAUCCCGAUGUUCAGAGCAAGCUGAAAGCCGAGAUCGAGCAAGUCCUCGAGCAGAACGACGGAAAACCCACUUACGAGGCCAUAAAUAGCAUGAAGUAUAUGGAUGCUGUGAUAACCGAGUGCCUAAGGAUGUAUCCGUUAGCAGCCUUCCUCGACAGACUAUGCGUUAAAGAGUUCGAAUUACCACCGCCGACUCCGAAUAGCAAACCAAUUACUGUGAAACCUGGAGAGAGCAUCUGGUUCUCGAGUUAUCCGCUGCAUCGUGACCCCACUUAUUAUCCAGAGCCGGACAAAUUCAAUCCAGACAGAUUUCUGAACGGCCACACGGAUAGCUCGAUUUAUCUGCCGUUCGGUAUUGGACCUAGAAUCUGCAUAGGUAACAGAUUCGCCCUGAUGGAGAUGAAAGUGAUGCUGUUUUACAUUCUGUGGCGAUGCAAUCUCGAGCCCGAUGCCAAAACUAAAAUUCCGAUGGUACUGAGCAAGCGGACGUUUUUUAUGCUGGCGGAUGGUGGCUUCUGGUUGAAAGUACGAGCGAGGGAAUCGACAGUUUCCGUUGGGCAAUGAAUGCUCUCCGGGAGGGCGGAUGCAGGGGCAAAGAUAUAUAAACUAUAAUUCUAGUAAUAAAUAUUUUAAAUAUGAUACGUGUGAAUCGCCUGAAUUGUGAACUUCAUUAAAUUUGACAUUUCAUGUUAAUCAUUUGCAUAUUUAAUAAAGAAUAGCUUAGAAAGACAAAAAUGAAAAGUUGAAAAAGAAAAUCCAUUCGAAGCUACCACAUGAUCAUGUAAUGAUUGAAAGUAUCUUCUUUUUUUACUAAAAUAUGAACAGUUUCAGUUUUGAGUUAUUUUCAUACGAUAAAUAUUGUUCACUCUGUAAAUUUAUCAAGAUAUUUUCGGCUUGUCUCACUCUUUACCUCGGGAGCGCGCUAUUUGCAAAGAAACAAUAAGAUGCUUCUUAGAGUUUUGUGCACUUACUGUCGUGAUUGAAAAUUUGAUAAUAAAAUGAACCAACUAAAUUAAAUGCGCAAACUUCUUUUCUUGUGUCUACUGUUUCCCUUUUUCAAGAAUAUAAAUCAUUGGAAUAAUAUUGAAUCCGUGCAUUAUCGAUUAAUAUUUGAUUGAGAAAGAACGUAUGUUUACACGUAUUUAUAUGGAAAAAAAAAAGAUACGAAGUAAAUACGCGAUAAUAUGACUAGUGCCGUACAUUUUGUCGACGGAUAAGAUAAGAUAUCGAUUCUGCAAGUAAUUACAAGGAAGAUAUCGAUUCUGCAACUUUGUAUGUCAAUAACAUGACUAAUUAUAUAAUGAAGAACUGUUCAAGGUAAUUUCCUACCUAACCAAGUUCAAAUUCAGUAUGCUAUAUAGGGUAAGAACUCUGAAAUGAAAAAUGGAAAAUCGUCAAUAGAUCUCACGGUGAAAAAUUUCAAUAUAUGCAAAUAAGUGGCGACAUAAGCAACUAGCAAAAAAUUUCAGUACGGGGUUUAAAAUAUAAUUUAAGAAAGUGCGAUUUGUCAUAUACAAUAAAUAAUAGUAAGCUGGGCAAAGAAAUUUUACAUAUCAUGUAGUCUUUUGUUUUGUACAAGACCUGUUUGGCAAUCUCAUACAGACUUCUAAGAAUUAUAAAUCUAAUU